AACGGUUGGUACGCAGUCAAAGCGAGCUGUGCAUGGUAUUUCAGCGGUAUCUGUUUCGAAAUUAUGCGAUAAAAGUUGACCUAGGGCCUCAGUACAUCUAAGUAGUCGGUUACACUCUCUUCCAGGAUUGAAAACUCAUUUUAGUUUGGCCAUGCUAGACUUAAACGAGUCUGUUUGAGUGGAAAAGGUGGAAGGAGGAGGACCGGGGCUGGGAACUGGUGGACAGCUGAGUGGAUUUUGAAAGAGGAAAUCAUCUCACAAGAGUAACGUUAAACACCGAUAGUUGCUGCCCCGAAUAGACCGGGCUCUGGGUUUUGCCCUCUUUUGAAAUUCGCUUUAAGUAGCCGACUGUCCGGUUUUGAUGUGGCCAAGCUCGAAUCGACAAGUUUUCUCCGCCAAUGACGUGGAAUAGCACGAUGAGCAGUGGCUACAGUAGUUUAGAGGAGGACUCCGAAGAGUAUUUUUUCACCGCCAGGACCUCUUUCUUCAAGAAACCUUCAGGCAAACCGACAGAGAGCAAGGAUGUGGAGAAGGAGAGAGAGUUGCGUGCUCAGCUCAGCAGAGAGGAGAUCAGACAGAAGAUUGAGCAAUACAACUCCCUGACCAGGGACCACCUUAAAAUGACACUGAGUCCAAGCGGGGUUUACACCGGCUUCAUCAAGGUGCAGUUGGAUUUGAGGAGGCCGGUGACGGUGCGGGGGGCACGGGGAGGAGCAGGAGGCACCGUCGGGGAGGAGGCCUUCUAUCUGCCCAAAGGAUCCACCAAUACCCUGCACAUCAGCUCCAAUAACACAGUUAAACAGGUGAUCGUCGCCUUGUUGAACAAAUUCACAGUAGCAGACAACCCCGCCAAAUAUGCCCUGUACAAACGCUGUCGCAGGGAGGAACAGGUGUAUGUGUGUAAGCUGGCGGAUGGAGAGCAGCCGUUGUUUCUUCGUCUGGUGGCAGGACCCGACUCCGACACACUCAGCUUUGUACUGAAAGAACAACAAACAGGAGACGUCGUGUGGGAUGCAUUCUCCAUCCCGGAGCUGCAUAACUUCCUGCGGAUCCUGGAGAAAGAGGAGCAGGAGCAGAUGGAGGCGGUGAUUCGACGCUACGACAACUACCGUCAAAGACUGCAGGAGGCCCUGAGCGAGGCCAGAGCACCCUGUUAAGAGAAAUAAACCCCAGUAAAACAUGACUACUGCCCCCUGGAGGGCCUGACGGGACACAGUGGGGGAGGGGGCUCACGUCCUCAGAGGAGAGACAGAAAAUGUCUGUAUAUUUUGGAGGAGAGAGGGGCCUGAAAGCAGAAUGGGACAAGACGAUCCAGCACCUGAAGGAAGCCGUGAUCACACAGAGAGGGAUGCUUUAAGAAAUGGGAAGGGGACUGAACAAAUGGAGAUAUGGAGACCGAUGAAGAGGAUGGAUUGGAUAGAUGGAUGAAUGGACAACACUUAGUAGCCAGUGGCAUCUCCCUUAGCCUGGAUUCAAGGCUUUAAACUGCUGCCCCAUAUGCCACAUACCAAAGAAUUACCCUGAUUAUCAUUGUGCCAUAUUCAAUUAACCUCUCUCCGUCUCCUCUGCUGUCUCAUAAUUUAUGCAGUCUGAGUUCUCUUCUCCUUUAUUUCUUUUUGAUCCUUCAAACUUGUGAAAGACUCAAGGCCAUACGUGGAGUUGGAUUAUUUUGACUUUUAUUUAAUUUGUUUUGUUGCUAUGGUCUGUACAUAUUUUUUGUUAAUUUAUAUGGGUGAAGCGUUCAUAUUGUUUUGUUUUUUCUUUUCAAAAGGUCUUAUUUUAGGUUAUUAUACAGAGGCGUAGUAACAAUCUGGAACCGUUGAAAACAGGCUGUUGAGACAGAAACAUAUAGAAUCAUGUAUACAGGUCGACUGACCUACUACAAGCAGCUACACAGGCAGCAUGAGCAUGAAACACACAUCCAUCUGAACCUUGUUUGGCCUGCGACUACAAACAUGCCCACAUGCCAUCAUUAAAGAAAGCAAGACUAUAUGUAUGUAAUAAGAUUACCCUACAAAUCAAGACACAUCGGCCUAAAACUGCAUGUUGGAGGUGAAGGUAUCAAAUGAAUAGAAAAGGGCCAAGGGUUUGGGAAGUGAAUAGUUGAUUUAUGAUUGGAAAAAGACCAGAAAAAAGCUCUUCAUAAGGCGCUCUGGUUACCAAUUCAUAGCUGAAAAGGCCAGGUUUCUAUAGAAAGACUAAAUGAAGCGGUACAUUAAUCAGAAAGUUUCGAGGAGAGGAAGGAAUUUAGUUUUGAAUGUGGUCUGUUAAAAGCCUUGUCAUUUGCUAUGGUGGAUGAAGGCAAGAUUACUAAUAUAGUGAAUCAGGCAGAGGCAAAAAGUAACUGAACAGACUGACACUGGUUUGGAUAGAGAUAAUCACUGACCUUUGACCUUCAAACUAACCCACUGUGGGUAGGGGAGGAGGAGGAUGUUGCAGUGAGAAUAGACUGAAUUCUGUAAGUUGACUAACAGCGUAGAGGAAGUAGAAAAGAAACCUUAGAAAGAAGGAAGGAACAAGCACAGAAAAAGCGGAAGAAUAGUUUGUUUAGGCAGUUUUUCUAGGAAGACAUUAUGUGAGAAUUUAUGAACAGAGAAAAUAUAUAUUCUCAACAGCAGUGAGACUGUUGCCUUGGGGAUGAUCAAAAGGACUUCCCCUCACAUCAAAGCAACACAGGAGUUGAAGUUGAAGUCUCUGUGAUUAGCAGCCCCUUCAGUUUCUGCACUGGAGAAAUCAGUGACCAGCUCCUCUGUUGCUUUGGUGUCACUAAAGAGAGAUGGAGGUCUGUAAGUGCUGAUAGCAGCAACACAGAGGAGAGCAAAAUGGCUUUAUUGUCCUGCCCUCCUCUAUGUCUGUCCGCAGCUAUUCAUUUCAAAUGGCUGCGCUUUGCCCUUAUCUUGGCCCGGCUAAAUUUGCACCCUUGACCCCCUUGUCAACCCUGCAUUCUCCUUUUGAAACGAGAGUGCACACAGGAAAAGUAGUAAAGAAGGAAAAAUUACCGCAUGACAGAAAAUAAAACAGGAAUGCAACAGAACAGGAUGACAUGAUGGUUAUAAAGCAACAAAUCUGGAACCUCCAUUAGGAAACUCUAACAUGAACUGCUAGCUGCAAAACAACAACAAUUUCAUCCACAAAUGAAAAGAGAUGGUACAAAAUGAUUAAAAUUAUGUCUGACAUUGCUCAGCUGCCUGUUUGUGUACAGUGUGGUUAUACUCAUGAACGGCUCCUUGUACAGUAAUACAAGCUGUUCAAUAGUGUUGCCAGAGUAGGAAAUAGCUGCCUUACUGUCUAUAUACUGUCUUGUGUCACAUUUAUACUUCAGGAUAUGGCUUGGAGACCAAAGAGGCAUGUUGUCAGUGUUGUCAUUAUGUAAAACCUUCUCUGUUGUCUCCCCGCUGAUGUCGGUGUCCUGUGAAUCAGCGAUGACAGAUGCUUAGAGAAAUCCUGAAUGACAAUCAGUUGGAUAGAGUUUCAGAGUAGAGCUUCUCAAGAAAUGCAAACCUGUUUGAUAUAAAGACUCAUUGUUUUAGCUGCAAGUACUGUAUGAUGUAAAGCUGACGGUGCUGCAAUGCAUUUCUGUAGAGGACGGUUGUGUAAUGCCGCCAUCUAGUGGACAAAUCUGCAACUACGCUCUCAUUUCUCUGUGUCAAACUUCCAUUGGUAACAUUAUGUUAUAGAUUUAUUUUAUUUUAUUUUAUUUUAUUUUAUUUUUUGUUAUACUGUAUAACCAAAGAUAUUUUUAAGAAAUGUGCAGAUAUUUAGGUGUUGCCUGGAGCAAAAUAUUAGAGGCCUCGUCCCACUGGAGGGAAUAACUAUAUAGAGUUUUAUUUAAAGGGGUUGCUAACCCAAAUUUACUUUCAAACACUGGGUAAUGUAAUUUAAUAUUAUAUGGAUGUCUGUGCGCAGACAGUUUUUGAAUCUUAAAGCCAUGAUGUUGUUAGUGUAUCCGCUUAACAACUUUUGCUGUUGAAGCACAUCAUUGUAUUAGGCUAUACCAGGCAGAAACAAGGCCCUGUGCUCAACACACAGACACACACACACACACACACACACACACAUACACAUACACAUACACAUGCCAGGGCCAUGAACCACACCAAUCGUAUCAACUAGAGUAUGUUUUGGGCACUUUACCUUCUAAUUCAGGGAAGACGGGUUUUAAUUUUUGACUUUUUCUUUUGUUUCUUUCCCUCUGUCUCUCCUGUGUUAUGGGAUGCCUACAGUGUAUAUCCACCCACUACUUCCACAAUCUGUACAUUUUUUCUAAUUGUAAUACCCCCUGCCAUGACCUUAUUUUGCAAGAUUUUUCUCAUUAAGCUCCUCUCUUUAUUUUAUGUUUGUAACAAAUGGAAGAACAGUGUGACAGAAUUUUAUUUUGUUAUUAAUUUUUUUUUCUUUCAAGCUCAUCUUUUUAGCUUCCAUAUGAUUUACACAAAGUUAGCUGUAGACUGUGAAAUGUUUUGAGCAUGUGUUCUGGUUUGUUUCUUUACAUACUUGCUGUAUACACUACUGGAUUAUUCAACAUAAAGCAUGUGUUACAUUACAUAGAUUAGUCAUCCCACUUGGGACAAAUGGCUUCUGCAAGUAGUUCGUUUUAGCCUCCUUACCAGACGGGUGACGGAGUUUGCGUCUCAGUGAGUACCACAGGAUCUAUACAGCUACAGGAAAGUGGCUAAAAAUUCAGUUCACCUUGUUGUCAUUGACAGCUUACCUAACUUUGUAAACCCCACCCACUUGGUAUACAGUGGAGGCUAAAACAAACACCAGCAACUAUUUUGCAGAUCAGACUCAGGUUUGCCAGUAAUGCAAAUUCUGAGCUUGUAGUGGUAUUUAGCCAUUAU